ACCCCGCAUGUGAUGGUAUACCACACAUUAAACAGUGUAAACUUCAGCCUAACUGUACGAGAUUUUUCCUACGACUCACGCGUGGUGGUCACUGUUCACCACGGCUUUAGACUGUGAUCAUAAUACAAUUGUGGAGUUUUAAGACAUUUUCGGCUGGCUGUACGAAUUAACGCAAUACAAAGCGUCUUAAUUUCUUUACCUACUAUAAAGAUGUCAAAAAAUCCAUUUGUAAACUGUAAGUCGCGUAAACGAAGGAAAAAUCGAGGCCCAAUCCCAAGACCUCAAGAAAAGUUAUACUGUCCUCGUACCAUGGUAAGGUAUGAUAACUCGCAAUGUGGUUAUAGCCCUGUAUGGGCUUGUAAGAUGUGCUUAUGUUGUCUGCUCAGUGAAAAGGCCGUUAAGGAGCAUUUAAUUAAAUGCAAUGCCUCAAGUAAAAAAGACGGACCAUCACCAACUCAAUCAAAGAAGAAAGACAACGAGAAUGAGGAUGUACAUUAUACUUGUGAUACUUGUCACAAAGUUUUUUCUAGACGGGUAACGCUAAAAAAACAUCUCGAAGUUCAUGAAAGUGUAUCAAGUGGUUUGGAAUCAGAGCAAUCUGAUAAUGAAAUAGCUGAAGUAGUCAAUGACGUCGAGAUUACUGAGGCUGAUCUUAUAAGUGACAACGAAUCUGAGGGAUCAAAUGCCAGUGAUCUCGCCAAUAAUUUAAUCUAAUUUUAUUUCAUUGUAUUCAUAUUAUUUUAAAUUCAAUUAACUACCCAUCAUGUUAAUUAAUUUUUUUUUUAAUUAACUAUGAGUUAUCUUGUACUUUUUUUUUUAUAGAAUUACAAUAUUUUGGUAGUUAUAACUAAACAUUUAACUUUGAUUUAUGAAAUAAGUUGAUUCCCAAUAAAUAAUAAAUUUUGGUACUCGUCAAAUAUGCUACCUACCGCUACUUCGUUGGUGUAGUAUGCUACCGUAAAAUAAUACCUACCAAAAAACGUUUACUGAUUAGUAACAAAUUAACAACAAUAUUAAUAACAAUUUAUUACUAAAUAAUUAAAUUUAUUAAUUUACCGUUGUCAAGUACUUUAUAAUAUUUCAAUACGUCAUUAUAUUAUAUUAUUAUACAUUAUAUACUAUUUUUACAUCAUUCUAGAAAACUUCUAAUAAAUCUUGUUGGGUAUUAAUGGACCGCCACCAUUCUUUUAUUAAUUGUCGGACUAAAAAAUCUGUCGCUCUUCGGGUUUUAAUUCCGUAUUUAGUUUUAACAUGUCUCCAUAUACACUCCAUUGUUUGUGUUUGGGUGUCCAUUGUAGGAUCAACAAAAAACUUGGAAUUAUUGACGGUUUCGUGUUGAUGAACUAUAUCUUUUAGGGUACUAUAUGCUCCCCAUUGAUCUGAAAAAAUAAUUGAUCCUAGUUCUAUUGAUUUUGUAUUAUUGGUAAUAAAUUUGCCUUAUCUCUUUUUUUCACUUUAAAAAUCUUCUUUCUAUAACUCCAUUAAUAUUUUUACAACACAUACCAAAAAUCCAUGGACCUUGAAUGCGAGUACCAUAAUUUUUUUGUGUCGAAUGAUCAUCAAUAUUGUCAGUAUCACUUGAUAAAUUGUCAUUUACAUUUGGAAUUAUAUCUCCAUUUCUCAAUCAUCCUCUAUUACAGUGGUGAGUGGUGGCCAAACUACGGCCCGCCAUCAUUUAAUAUCUGGCCCACAAAAGAAGUAUAAUAUAACAAUUUUCCCUGGACCACCCAUUUUCUUAUGUUUAUCAAACAUUGCAACUGCUACAUCUCUACUUAAAUUAUUCCAAUCUACAAUUGUAUUACGAGUUUUUGUUGUAAAUUUUUCGAUUAUUGAAACUGGUAUUUGAUACACCCAAUACCAAAUUAAUUUAACAAUUUCAUUUAAUGCUAAAUCACUAUUACUUUUAUCAUUUUUAUCGUAAUAUGUAAAAAAAAGGAUUUUUUUUUCUUAAAAAAUGAUAAGUUUGACAAUCUUUUUUUGACAUCGUAAAUAAGUAGUUUUUAAUAAAUCACCAUUUGAGUCUCUUUUUUGAUAUUCUUUUAACGUGCCUCCACAAAUAACACCAUCUUUUAAUUUGGAACAACUACCAAGUUCUAGGAUCAAGUUUUUCUCUUGAAGAUAAUUAACACAUGUUUCCUCAUUACAUAUUAAAUGUCAGUACAAAUAGAUUAAUUUUUGUUUAUUUUAAAAUAAAAAAUCAAACAGUAAAACUCACAACGAAUAGGACACAACAUAGACCAAAAUAAUAUAUUAUCUAAAAGUAAGUUAUCAUGGGUCUUGGUGGAUCAGAUAUCAUAAUGGCUAUUAAGCUAUAACUUUGUACAACUGUUAAAUGUUAUUUAUCUUAAUGAGUCAAAUGUACUUUCCUGUAAUAAAAUGAAAUAAAAUAAAAAUAACUACGGUAGGUAGCAUAUUAGAUAAGUUCCUAAAUUUUAGGUUAGAUUAAGGCAGUGGCGUAACUAGGACUACUCUGUGGGGGGGGGGGUUGAUUUAGAUAUUUUUCAUUUGUAAAAAAAAAUAAAAACAUUUAUAGGUUUAUUUCACAAAUUAUAAUUCAUUAUAAUAUGAAAAAAAAGGUUUAGGGGGUGAUAUAUCACCUGCCUCACUUCCCGUAGUUACGCCACUGGAUUAGGUACUUAGAUUUUUUAUUUUCUUCAGUGCCAGGGUUUGUGACUUAUAUUUCUAGAAAAAGAUCUUGAUAAACACUUACAAUGCUGAAGUAUAAAAAUGAUUUAAUGUAAUUAAAAAACAUAAUUGUUUUUAUUAAUAAAUAAUGAGGUUAUACCUUAAUCUAAUUUAUGAAUUUUAUACAUUUAAGUUUUUUUAUAAUAUAAGUACCUAAUUCUUUUGUGAAUUUUUUUCAAAUAAAACGUAUUCAAAAUAAAAA